CGCACCUUUUCAGAUGGAAGAGAACUACAUCGAGCGCGUGUUCGAGGAGACGGAAGAUGGCCUGGACACCAUCUCCAGCGUGCAGGAUGAGGCGAGGGUGCGCGUCUCCUCCAUGCACCCGGCUCUUCCCAUCCUAGACUUGCACGGCGUUACUCGUACUGGUGUUCACGACAGUCUGUUCGCGGCGCUCCAGGCGAAGCUCCUGGGCCGAGUCGACGAACUGGACCAGAAGGGACUUGCCAAGCUCUUGGAGAAAUGUUUCCGUCACAUCAGCUCCAAGGAGCUGCGCGGCGUGUGCCUGCAGAUCAUGCAGAAGCUGCCUGAGGUCGACGAGAAAUACCUCCUGCAUAUCUCCGACAACCAAGAGCUCUACCAGGCCUGUCCCAUCGAAGUGAAGCGGCAGAUUUGGCAGACCAACCAGGGGUUCUUUGGAGAGGCAGUCAGCCCUCUACUUGACCUCUACAUUGCAGAGAAAGAGAGCAUACUGUUCAGUACCCACGAGACGGGGGAGAAGAAAACGCCAACUUCGUUUCUCUCAAUCCCUCCAAAAAUCCGUCGGCAGAGCCAGGUCAUGCAGGACCUGGUCCACAUGGUGCGCUCUUCGCAGGACCUCUACAACACUCUGCUGCAGUUCCUACGGACGCUGUUCCUCCGGACGCAAGUCAGUCACUACUGCACGCUGCGUGCGGAUAUUCUCAUGAGUCUGCACGAACUGGACAGCACGGGGCGACUGUGCGAGUGUGAUCCUUGCCACAAGUUUGCCUGGUGUCUCGACGCCUGCAUACGAGCCGGGUUCGUCGACGAGAAAAAGUCGAGAGAACUGUAUUCGUUUCUGGAAGGGAUAGAACCAGGCAGAGAAACACUUGGAGAUGUGGCGAUGUUGUUGAGAGAUCCGUAUGCCCUCAAUGCCAUAUGUAGCAGUAUUCUGAAAUGUCUGACUGAGCUAUACGAGAACUACAAGCUCCCUAGAGAGAGCAGUGAGUUAGAGUGUCUCCUGAGACUGCUACAGUUGGGGACCAGUGCCCACGCCAUCAUGGACUCGGAAUCAUACCACGAAACUGCACUAGAUGUGGAACUACUCAUAAAGUUUUUGCCGGAACUGCUCUCGAUCAUGUCAGAGAACACGCUGCGGGCCAUUGCCCACAAGUUCAAGGAAGAAUACCGCCCCUUCACUUCAUCCCCACACUUUGUAACCGCACUCUCUAAUCCCUGUGCUAUGCACAUCACUUGCUUCUACGCCCUGGGUCUACUCGCCAAGAAAGAACUCAAAUCCUUCAGCCUCGUUCUCCCCCUCGUUGCCAAGGGGUACACCCAAUCAGAGAGCGCCCAGCUCCCCGACAUUUUCCUCCACCUCCUCGUUGUGGGGUUACUGGAGUACCCCGUCUCCAUCAGGGAGACGACGAUGCAGGCGAUACUCCGCGAGUUUUGGCUGGUGUGUGCCCAGAGCAGCGAGACUGCUCUACUCCACCUCUGUCACCUCCUCUGGGGUCUACACUCCAAGAUUAACCCCGGUAUUCUGGAGGAGAUUCUCGACGAAAUGAAGCCGGGAGAUGGGCAAAGUGAGGUGGCUCAUCAGCAGUACAGAACGCUAAUGGAACACAUUGAGGAUAGCUAGCAUAACCCUAUAUUUUUGUCAGUUGUAUAUACAAGAAAACAGAAUAAUAAUAAUAAUGUACGACUGUUGGGGUGAUAAUGAAAAGAGAAAAGAUAAAAACUCUGAGAGAGGGGGCUAGGCAGGGUCACUGUCACUGAGUACAAUAAUUACAUCAUCAUCGUCGUCGUCCAGACACACUACGUCAGAGGUGGAGCUAAUGUGGGAACUGGUAGCGGCACUCAGACCUGAUGGUCCAGGCUCUGCCAGGACCUUGUUGGUGGUGAGUUGAGGUGACUAGAGGAGACUCGGACUGAACGGUUGUGGAGUCUGCCAUCACUGGUUCCCUCUCUGACUUGACUGAACACACCGCGAUGGUGACACCCAUCUCCUCCUUCCUCUCCUCCUCCUCCUCUUCUUCUAUCUUGGUAGGGAUGCUCUGGGUUUUGCUGGAGAGCCACGUCCAUUUCACACCCACUCUCAUCCUUGACCAGCGGAGCUACAUACAAUAAUCAACACUCUGAACCCUCCACACUUUAACACCAUUCUGGAACUCAUUUUUACAGAUUGGCACAACGGAGUUAUAUAGCACACUGAUAGACCUGGUUCAAGUAUUAACAGUGUUUUUCAAUGGUUCGUGUGUAUAUAGUACUUUUCUAAUAGCCCAUUCCACGAGUGGUGUCCAACUGUGGAGUUGGAACCUACACAAACCUACCGUCCCCUUCUUUCCCCUCCUCCUCGUCCUCCUCGUCUUCCUCCUCGUUGGCGGAGCAGGAGUCUCCCUCCAGACUCUGCUGGCCGCUGGUCUCUUGCAGCUUCUCCUGUCUCACGGCAAACUCCUCCACCACCGCCUGCAUCUUCUUCUCCCCCUCCCUCAGACUCUCCUGCAGCGUCUUC